AUGUCCCCAGAGACUUUGCAUUCUUUCGAUGUCACGUUCCGCCAUGCGCCGGUUUCGAAGUCACCAUCGAGGCAAUUUCAACACCACGUCAUCAACAGCAACCGACCUUUGUCUCAUCAAUCUUCGGUGGAGGCUCGCCCGGCUUCACACGCCGCAUUCCGUAACGAGAAACGCCAAACACGGCGUCCCACGGAAACUACCAGAGCAGAAGUCACCCUCGAUACAUGCUCCAUCAUCGACGUGGACGAAAGGGCAGAAUGCGAAGACUCCAGCGAAGCCAGUCAGCCCGUCAAGACGAACGAAAACAAGAACAAGGUCUAUAAACGGAGUGAAAUUCGCCAGAGGAUGCACGUGGAAGACGUUUCGCAGAGUGUUGAUACUAUUCCUGAUACCACCGCCUAUAUGAUACAGUAUGGCGCAGAACCCUACACCCCAAUCGCCGCCGUUUUCCAGAUCAAAUUCCUGUUGCGGGAUAGGCUGACCAUCAAAGCCGUAGACUCACGGGUGGAGCGGCUCGUCUGCUACAGCAUGGGCAGAGUCAGCAGCAUCUGUCAAGUAUCCAUUCGUGUGUCCGGUUUCGAGAUGCGUGCUCUCCGCGCAAUAGCCGCUCGGUAUGCUGUGCUCUACUGGCUUCAACAAACAACUACCACGUCCAGCAUACCAUCCACAAUAGCAGUUGUGAGCUGGAUAGAGGAAGACCCGGUCCCAGCCGCCUGA